CUGAUAUGGACUGCCGUCGAGGGUUUAUUUGACGAAGUUGAUCCGUCAUCUGCUUUCGUCUCAUCUGACCAUCAUCGCAGAGCUCAUCCCUUCGACACCUGCACGCAGUUCACUUGCCAAGGAGGGCAGAUAUGUGUGGAACAGGAUCAAGGCGUAUGUGCGAUGCGGCCGCAAUUGUGCAUUCAUUCGUCACUUGUAUGUAACGGUGUGCAAAAUUGCGUGGAAGGCGAUGACAGUGACGAACAGCAUUGUUACUCCCGUGAGAUCAUCGCCGGUUCACUGGGCGCAUUUCUCGUGCUGAUUUUGAUCAUCUUCAUCUGCGUCUGCUGCGAUCAAUGGCGAAAGCGACGUCGGCUGCGGAAAAUGUUGCGCGAGCGACGAGCUGUCGCCAACGGCAAGACACAGCGGGCGUUCAGACACGACGUCCAUCUGAAUCACGACAUCGGAUUCGAUCGUGCCGAUAUCACCGCCGCUACGUUACGAUAUGCCGCGCACAGCGACGAAAACGACGUCGCUCUGCCGCGAUACAACCGCGGUUUGCCGCCGCGACCGCCCCCUCGGUGA